CGUGACGUAAACCAGCUCGCGCCAGCGGAGGUGAGGAAGCCGGGAAUAGCGCAGAAACACGUUUCUCGCUAGCCUCGGUUCUCACGCGCCAUGGCGACCCCAGUCCAGCAGCCUCCUCAGUCGAGCGGCGGAAAGCGCAAAGGCAAAGCUCAGUAUGUGCAAGCCAAGCGGGCGCGGCGCUGCGACGGCGGCGGGUCCCGGCAGCUGGAACCCGGGCUACAGGGUAUUCUCAUUACCUGCAACAUGAACGAACGCAAGUGCGUGGAGGAGGCGUACAGCCUGCUCAACGAAUACGGCGACGACAUGUAUGGGCCGGAGAAGUUUAUGGACAAAGAUCAGCAGCCCUCUGGAAGUGAGGGAGAAGAUGAUGACAUGGAGGCUGCCUUGAAGAAAGAAGUUGGUGACAUUAAAGCAUCGACAGAGAUGAAGCUAAGGAGAUUCCAGUCAGUGGAGAGUGGAGCAAAUAAUGUAGUCUUCAUCAGGACACUUGGAAUAGAACCUGAGAGAUUGGUACAUCAUAUUCUCCAGGAUAUGUACAAAACCAAGAAGAAGAAGACUCGGGUUAUUUUACGUAUGUUACCCAUUUCAGGCUCAUGCAAGGCUUUCUUAGAAGAUAUGAAAAAAUAUGCAGAAACAUUUUUGGAACCCUGGUUUAAAGCUCCAAACAAAGGGACAUUUCAGAUUGUAUAUAAAUCUCGAAAUAACAGUCACAUGAAUAGAGACGAAGUUAUCAAAGAAUUGGCAGGAAUAGUAGGCAGUCUCAAUUCGGAAAAUAAAGUGGAUCUCACUAAUCCGCAGUACACGGUGGUAGUAGAAAUCAUUAAAGCUGUCUGUUGCCUGAGUGUUGUGAAAGAUUAUAUGUUGUUCAGAAAGUAUAAUCUCCAGGAGGUGGUAAAGAGUGCUAAGGACCCAUCACAACUUAACCCAAAGCAGUCAGUGCAAGCAGGAAAUGGGAAAGAAGCUAAAUUGGAAUCUGGUAACACAUCAAAUCAACAUGAUCCAGCAGAAGGAGAAAAUAACCAGCAGGUGGUACCAGAAAAUAACGAGGAACUGGGGCAGACAAAACCAAGAUCUGAGACACAGGUGGUAAAUGAGGGAGGAGCUAAACCUGAACUUGAAAGUCAAGUCACAGAAAGAUCUGAGUCAAAUGAAAAUGACCUCUCAUAAGGAUAAAAAAACCUCCUUUGGUGUUGCAGGUGGGUUUCCCAGAUGGUGUUCGGUGAGAUAGUGCUAGGAUUCCGUAUAAAAUUAUGACUGAAAAUACAUUGUUUUUGACCUUUGUGCGCUGCAUAAUGCUGAACUCAUAAUAUUGAACAGUGACUGAGAAACCCCAUUAAUGGUUCUGUUGGAGAUCUUUUGAACCCCCUAUGCCAGUGUGCAGUUAGGCCUAUAUGCAUUUGGUUGAGCUAGGAGAGGCUAUGGAUAAUGAUGAACACUUCCGUGCAAGGGAGGGUGGAAGGAAGAUGGUGUUGGCUUCUCCCUCCUGAUUAUCUUCCCCAGCCUCCCCUUCUGUGCUGGCAUCUGACUUAGGGGAGCAAAUGAACUCUGUAAAAGAGAAGUCAUAGGGAAAUUUUCAUUUAAGGAAGGAAUUUUUAUGUGUUGCAACUCAGCUGUCCCUUCCUACUUUUGUUGUAAACAUUGCAAAAACAUGGGUCUUACAGGUUUAGAAGUGAAUUGUUUUUGUGAAGUUUUUUUCUAUCUUUUUGUGAUUCUGUUACUUAGUUAUGUCAGUUUUUACAUUUUAUGAACAUUUGUUACAAAUAUGAUGGUCCAGUGCUGUAAUUUUUGAAGACAUGGUGUGAGAUAGAAGAAGACCAUUUUAGGCAUAGAACUACAGACAUUUCUGCUAAGGUUAGUGAUGAAGAAUUAGUGUUCUGAGUUUUUCAGUAUGGCAGUGGAACAAGAGACACAAAUUCUUUUUUUAUAGUGAAAGCUACUUUUCAGUGAUCUUAUAUAGACUUAAAUCCAAGUUGUUCUAUUGCAUUAUGUAUUGUCAGUGGAAUGCAAUUUACAAACCUAGCAUUUCUCCAGCAGUUGUAACUAAGUCAAAACCAUUUGAUGAGUAAAAAUGUUUCUUAUUUUAAUGGCAUCUGGAAUAUCAAAACAGUAAGCUUUUGUUUAAAAAAAAAAACAUUCAGGGGCACCCUGGCUGGCUCAGUCCAUACGGCAUGAGACUGUUGAUCUCGGGGUGAUACAUUCAAGGUCCAUGUUGGAUGUAGAGAUUACUUACAAAUAAAGUCUUAAAUAAAAAUCACAUUCAGUAAAAGGUCUAAGAAGCAAAUUAUUUAGUAACAGCACUUAUACCAAGAAAAGAAAAAUUCACAUAGUUGGUAAGAAUCGAAUCUCAACAUAAUGUUAAAAUGCUAGAGCAAGAAGCAGUACAAGAAAUUGAAAAACCUUCACUUUCAGUUUAUUAAAUUAACUAUGUCACCUGAUGCUAAAAAAUUAACUGAAAAGCAGCAGCUUCUCUAUCUGGGUUGAUAAAGUCAACAGAUUUCACAAAUAUUUGUCCUACUCUAGCUUUGGUAAGAUUGGUAAAUGAUGAUGAAAUUCAAGAAAGCUUUUUCUGCUAUGAGGAGCCUCUCAAAACAAAGGCAGUAUAAAUUUAAUGGGUCUUCAUAGCUGAAGGCUGAAAGUCUGUCAUCUUUACUUAGGGUGCUUAUCGGUUUUGCUCAUUUUGGUAAAAUCCUGACAAAAAAAAAAAAAGCACAUGGCUUUCUUCACAGAGAGCUGCUGAUAUAAAACACUUGGCGAUGAAAUGAAAGUUCUGGAUAAUGCUGCAGAAAUUAUUAUUAAAGACCCAUUUAUAUAAGAAUGUUUAAAAAAAAAAACAAAAACAAAAGUCUGAACAGAGAGCACAUAAAUCUACGUACAGAAAUCCAGUGGCUUGUCAGAGGAAGAGUUCUCAACAGGAUGUUUGAGUUGAAAGGUGAAUUGCCAGAGAGUACAUACAAGGAGAUAUUAGGCCAGAUUUUUUUUGAGUGCUCAGGAGCCCAAAUACGGCUAGAGAAACUAGUCUGUUCAAUGGACAUUUUUCAUCACAUGAACAAAUGAAACAAGUUUCUGCAAGGUCCUGGAGAAAAUGUAUUUUCUUGAAAAUGAUAAGAUUCCCAGAUUAAAAAGAAACACUCUUCAGAACUAUCACUCUGCCAAAGGAACUCUUGAAAUGUUUCCACAGCCAGUUGGGCUUGAGAAUGAAGAAAAGACAAGUCUGGAGCCUUAACUAAAACUCUCCAUGAAGAACUGCAAAACCCAAUUAAAUAGCAUUUUCUCUCCUUUUCCUAAAACUGAGGGAAGAACCUCUUCUCUGAAUCUCAGCCCGAGAUUUUCUCCAGGAGAAGAAAAAGAACUCUGUGAAUCAUAGUCUGAUAGUUCUGGGUUUUUGUGAAAUCAGAGUAUCCUUAACUUACUGCUCAUACUCUCAUGCCAUGAGGGUUCCCUUAAUUUGGAAGAUUUUUCAAGGUUUCCUCUAGCGUAAAAUUACUGAAAAACACUGGAAGAGACGGACACCAAAGAGGGCUGCAUACUAAGUCCAUAUUAUGAAUAAAUAGUAAGAGGCUGUGAAAUAAACUUUUGGAGAUGGGUUUAUUAAGUUUGAAACAGUUCAGUAGUAUUAUAAAUAUUGAGUCUUCCUGCACCAAUGUCUAUGUUUAUUUAAUGGCUAGGGAAUAUGGGAAUGUAUUUUUAUCCUCCUAAACUAGUGGUCCAGACUAGAAGGAUUUGGGAGGGGCAAAGGCUGAUUUCUGUACAGACUCGACCUUGGUUAAUGCAGAUGAGGCUGGAGCGUCCUUCUAGAUCUUCGAUAUUUAAAGUGUUAACUCUUAAUAGGUUGAGGUCAUCUUGGAAGGAUGAUAAGAGCAUUUUAAGUGUCAUUUGUGUGAACAUGGAGGAUAGGAUUUUGGUGCCUUCAUUGGACUUACUCCAAGAAAAAGAUCAUUUUAUUUUGAUAGUGCAAGACUCUGGGACUUCGGGAAUAAAAGUGGCCAUAUGCUUUUAGAACGGCUAACUCUGCAGAACUGGAUUCCUUUUACUUUGUUUAAGCUGCUACUCUACAGAAAGAUUUUGCUUUAGUAGUUCAUUUUUAAUCUUCUUGUAUUUACUUGUAUUUGGUAAGACUGAGUGCGACAAAAGCUCUUCUUCCCUAGUUCUAAAGCACUGUGUUCUGUUGGAAUCUGAAUCCCUUUAUUGAUAUAUGAAAAGUUUCCCAACUUUAUUGUCGCUGACAUUUGAGGAUGUUGUUUUAUAAAUGACAAAUUUCCAGGAUAGGAAUUGAAUGGUUUCUUUUUUUUCCUUUUAAUUUUUUUUUUUUAAGUUAUGUCAGUUAAAAAAAACUUCAGUAUUGUGGUUUAAUAAACUUGUUUUGCUUUGUGGAGGAAGGAGUGUUAUACUUAGUAUCUUGAAACAUGUUUGUGUAAGGUCACACAUGAUUUCUAAAUGUUGUUUUUACUUGUAUUUUGCUUUUGGUAUGGCCAGAUAUUUAGCUUAUUUUUCAUAGUUCCUGAUACUUUCAGAAAAAGCAAAAUAAAUUUGUUCCCUAAA